GCCACGGAGAACAAUGAAACCUCAGUGGAUUCAAAAUCCAUUAAAAAUUUUGAAACAAAGUGCAUACAUGGAAGCAAAUCAAUGGACUCUGGAAUAUCCUUGGACAAUGGUUACAAAAUGGAUUACCCUGAAUUGGGUUUAUGUAUAAUAAUUAAUAAGAGCUUUCAUAAAAGAACCAGAUAUCACCUCCAUCCUGGUACAGAUGUAGAUUCAGCCAACCUCAGAGAAACAUUCAUGAACUUGAAAUAUGGAGUCAGGAAUAAAAAUGAUCUUACCGGUGAAGAAAGUUUGGAAUUGUUACACAAUGUUUCUAAAGAAGAUCACAGCAAGAGGAGCGGCUUUGUCUGUGGAAGUCUAAGCCAUGGUGAGGAAGGAAAAAAUUUUGGAACAAAUGGAUCUGUUGACCUGAAAAAAUUAACUAGUUUCUUCAGAGGAGAUUAUUGCCAAACUCUAACUGGAAAACCCAGACUUUUCAUCAUUCAGGUACUAUUCCUGGAGAAAUUAAAAAAAAUGGAUCCUCAUUCAUCCAGUCACUUUGUGCUCUGCUGA